CAGUAGCCGCGAUAUACUUGCGUUAGACUGACGCUGUUACAGGACUCAUCUCGGGCGCUCGAAAACAUUACGAGCCCAACUCUAGAGUCCUGUACUGGCCAGUAACAUUUUAAUCGUUUGAAGUUCAAAUAAAGAACAAAGUGCUUUAAAUUGAUAAAACAACGAUACGUUGGCUACGCCCAGUGAUAAAGUGUCCACAAAGAAAGUCACAUUCUUAGUUUAAACUUUCUAGUGUUAUAAGUGGUUUCGCCACACCAUAGACAGUGAAACACAUUAGUGUUUAUGCUCAAUAUAGAUAUAGAAGAAAAUGGGGAAAAAGAAGAAAAAUAACGGCAAAAAAGGAGGAAACAGAUUCUUCCGUUGGAUAAGAAGCGACUUGCCGGACGAAGAGGACAAGAAGUCACCGGUUCUCCUCCUAGGAGUCAACAAAAUAUCCGAUUCGCCAUCCUUCGUAAGACGAAGAUCUAUAGAACCACAAACAACUGGAUCUAUCCGGUUCUUCAGGCCUCCAAAAUCGAAAUACACAAGAGGUCUUCAAGGAGACGAAAGAUUAGAAAAAAUACGACAAGACCUUUUAGUCCACAAAAAUAAAUCAGACAGAUACACGCCACAAUCACAUGAAAUAUCAGUAGAACCAGAAGAGAAAAUUUGUUCGAAAUUCAACUGCGUAGGUAACUGCAUUUGCGAUAAAAAAAGAAGCUCUAAUCGUGGUUCUUUUUCCUUUCAUAGGCCAGAUAAUGAUAAUAGAAUUGAUACCAAAGAUCCGUCAGAGAAUGACAUAGAAUUUAAAUAUACAGAGUCAGUUACUGACGCUCAACCUUCGAGUAGCAAGCAGAGUUCUUACAAUGUCACUCCAAAGUCCACUGACAGAAGAAAUUUCCUACUAUCCAAUCUAAAUGAAAGGUUCAGGAAAACUUUGAGCCUAGAUUCUAGAAAGGUCGAUAGUAAUCGCGUACCUCUGAGCUUGCCACAGGAAUCCCGACCUAAAUCCCUAGUCAACACGAGCAAUAUAUACGUGCAGCCCUUUAAGACUGAGCCUUUCGUGCAAUCAAAUUUUGACAAAGCCAGCCAGCCGAAGAAAAAACGAAAAUCCUUCUUUUCCCUCGACAUUUUUGAUAAGAAGUCUGAUACAUCAUCAAUAGACGAUUAUUGUUCGUCAAAAUACAAAAGAUUUGAGCUCGAAAGCGAUGAUUCUCCUCUAUUUAGACGCGACAUAUCUCCAAGAAACGGGGAAAAGACUCCAGAUCUCCUAAACAUACCCGUGAUUAUUGAUUCUGUGCGUAAAAAGCAAUCAGAUACCAAAAGACAGCUAGAGAAAUUAGAAAGUCAUUAUUAUAAAAGUCUGAUAAAGUCCAGAGCGGUUAUUGAUGCAGUCCCUAAAGACGCUACUGACACACAAGGUCCUAGCGGACGUGCCUGCAAUGAUGACGAUGACGAUGUAGAAUAUAUAGAACCGAUACGAAGUAAUUUCACAAGUCAAAGCACUUUAAUACUGGACAAAAACAUUCCCGAUACUAAAAACUCUAUACUAACAAUAAACACUGAUGAGACUGAUAUAAAAUUACCUAGUACGACUGUUUCUCCUAACGAAAAUGAUUUAGAUAGUAUUGGAGCUUAUGAAAUAGAAGUGAAAGAGUCUGAUUUGUUGAAGGACUGUAAGGAAUUGACUGUGAAAGUAAUGGAUAAGUCGGUGGAUUCUAUUGGUAGCUGCUCUUUGGAUGUCGACGCUAGUACAGAUUUCUCAGAUACAACAUCAGGAAGCUUGAAUCUCCUGACUCCGUCCUCCACCACUAGCUGCGUUCGGGACUUCACCUCCCGAAUCCAGGAGCGAGCCGGAUCGAACCUCCAGCCCACCCCGGUGCCCACCCCAAUUAGGACACCGGACGACCCCACACCCACCCCAAGAAAAUCUGAGAAUCUCCUAAAACCACCUCCCAAAAUACACAUAGACGCAGGGAGCCAUAGAUCCCGCUCUCAUCACAAGAAAAGAGACGAGGUUCAACAGAAAAAACCCAGUUAUUUAAACCUAGCCUGCUCUGUUAACGGCUACACUAAUCUGACAACUUAUGACUCUAAAUUGAGGCAGGAUAUCAACAAAAGUCGUGAAGCUUCUCCCAUACGGCCCAUCACACAUACGUAUCAUUACAAAAGUGAAAAUACCUCUCUACUUGUGCCCGUGCCGGUUAGCGCCAAUAAACUGCUGGUGCCAACCUUCGGGCCUCAUGAUACAAGGAGCGAUUUGACAGCGAAAGCGCCUGCCAAGGCGCACACUGAUCCAUACCUCGCCACAUCGCCGUUACAUGUCUUCAUGGCUGCAGAGAAUAAACAGCUGAAGAACAAUUUUUUAGGCCCAAACAUGACCACAACUAGUAGGUCCUACAUGUCCAGCGAAAGCAAGAAUUUUGCUGCAUCAAUGCUCCAGAAAACCGAUGAAGUUGAUAACGCUAAAGAGCUCACUUUUAAGUCUAGUUAUUCGGAGACUAAUUUCAGAAAGACUGUAACUAAUGGGGAGGAAUCUAGAUUAAGUUCUGAAUCUUAUACAAUUUCUUCAAAUGGGAUGUCCAAGAGAGUUGAGAUCACGAAGGAAAACGGAGAGAAAUUGACUAGUCCUAUGAAAAGUUUCAUACAGCAACGCGUCGAAAGAUUAUAUGGACCUGGCGCUUUGGCCCAGGGUUUCUUCAACCAGAAGCGGCACAAGUUGAGAAGUCAAAGCGACGAUGAUGAGCCUAAAGUGCUGACGGAGAAAUCUAUGAACUGCCCGAACGACAGAUUUGUAUCACCUCGGAAAUCCGAGAGUUUUGAAGGUGAAAAUGUAUAUUCUAGUCCGAAUGGAGAAACUGGAGAAGUGGAUGUGUCAUUGCCUGUUCUCAGGCAUCUAAGGCCAGAGUUUCGUGCCCAAUUACCUAUAUUGUCGCCUAAGAAGAACAAGACGGAACUUUUACCUGAGAAGCCCGAUAACAUUCCGAUGCAAAAGACUGAGCCAGUAACAAGCGAUGUAGUGACAAACGGUGUAUCUGUGAUAAGUUUGGACGAGAAGGAGACAGUGAAUGGUGUGAGUAGUGCGGAUAAUGUGAACGGUGCGGGCAGCAGUGUGAACGGUACGGGGAAAUGUGUGGAAGAAGUGGUUAAGGACGGACAUUAUUUCUUAGAUUUGGAGAAGAAGGAGACUGAAAGGCUGCUAGCGUUGUCCGUUACCGCUGAGAAGGAGUUGGAAAGUUUACAGGAGCAGGAAGAUGUGAGUGAGGAGGUACUAGGGUUCCUCAGGGCGGCUGCUGGCAAGGCUCGCUUGCUGGCCACGCAGAAAAUGCUGCAGUUUGAAGGCCUCUGCUACAAUAACAUAAACGAGCGUCUGGACGAGCCUUUCCCGACCACAGUGGAGGACCUGCAAGGGUUCUGGGACAUGGUGUGUCUGCAGGUGAAGCAUGUCGACGACAUGUUCCAGAACAUAGCGGAUUUGAAGGCCAACAACUGGCGUGAGAUAAGCUCCCCGGCCAAGCGCCCCAGCGCCCCCGCGGGCGCCCCCCGCGCGCGCCCCCGCGCGCCCCCGACCAACGAGAAGGCGCGGCUGGCGGCCGAGAAGCGGGAGGCUGAGCGGAAGGCCAUGCUGCAGCACAGGAGAGUGGUGGCGCGCGAGCGACAGCUGGCGGGCGACGGCGAGGCGCGCGCGCGGCCGCAGGAGGUAGAAAUCUUCGUGGGCAAAAGCAAACCCACAUCAGCGCCCACAGGCGACUCGGGGCCUUCGAACAGCUGAUUGUACAAUAUCUAGGGAUUAGACAAAUUACUGUACAGACAACAGCACAUCAACCUAUCCUAAUUCAUUGGAAACUCGCCGCUAUUACGUGAAUUAAAUUAUUUAUUCUGAAAUGAGACUUUCACAGACACUUUUGUUUCUAAAUUAAAUAGCAUUUACCAAAGCUACGAAUUACUUGCAGAAAUACAUGUUUGAUAUGCUGUCGACUGUACACCUGUAUAAUGCUCAUUCAAUCAGCUCCAGUAUUGCAAAAGAUUAUGCCUAAAGUCCGUAUUUUCUUAUAAUUCUUUAACAUGUAAACAUUCUUCACAUAAAUAAAUAAAAUUUCAGUUCAAAAAUCAAUACAUUGUAAAGUGAAACAUUAUCCACGAAAGUAAUUUUUAAAAACGAUUUUAUUUUAUACUAGGGGGCUUAUAUCCCGUGGGAAUUUAUUUGAAGGUUUUGAACAGUGUCAACGGAUAAGUUAAAUUUGUGAUAAUGAUUUUCUGCUCCUCUGACGUCUCAGUGUUUGGCCUCCAAAACGAGAACCCUUCAAAAAUUGGAAAACAUCGAUGAUGUCAAUUCGGUUGCGUGUGAUUUCGGCCAUUUCGUAACCAUAGAUACACGUCAGGUGUCAACUGUCGAUGCGUCUGUUAAAUAAAACAAAAAAUAAAACAAUGUACAUCUAGGUGACGAUAUAAACCUAUACAUAUGUUGGUAACAAUUUGAUUUAUAACUGUAUACAUACAAAAUUGUAUAACAAAUGUCCAACGAGUUUGCAAGAUUAUUCAUACUAAUUUAUUUAAGUUUACGAUCACCAAUCAAACACACAAUAUCCCAAAUGUCAUAUAUAAAGUAAAUAUAAUGAUAGCCUCCUAAAUGCCUCGAUAGGCUACGGUAACCACUUACCAUCUAACGAGACUUAAUCAUAAAGAAUUAAGACUUCUAAUUUUCAUUUGUACUAGGAAAUUAAUUAAAAACUGGAUAAAAUGCAUUUUAAUAUGAAAUCAAUGGCAAAAAAUGAAAUUUUUUAAGUUUUUUUUUUUUAAUUUACUAUGACGAUCAAAAUAUUAUAAUCGAAGAUUUGUCUUCAUAAAUCCCUAGGUAUUAUUGUUUUUUAAAUUGUAUAAAACUGAUCAAAAUAUGAAUUGUGUUUCUGGAAAUUUUUAGUUAUAUAACAAUCUAAAAUUGCAUUUUUUUUUAUCAACAAAAUAAUAUUUAACACCAGCAGUUUUGUUGAAAAUGAAAUUACAUUAUUAAAAAAAGUGAAAUUUUAUAUGGUCAUGACACAAAAAAAUCACGUUAACUAAAAAGAUUACAACAAUAUUUUUUAAUGAAAUAAAUGGUUUGCUUAAUAGAAUGUAAAUAAACUUCACAUAUCCCUAGCCAUCUUUGUCGCACCCGAUUUUCUUAUAAUUAUUGAGAUUCAUCCUUCUCACUCGAAAUGUCAAAGUGGGUCUAUGGAACGCGUAGAAUAGAUUGUUCUAGAACUAACACAAUCGGCAACUGAUACUAAAAUUAUUAUGAAAUUGUCAUAAUUGUUCAAACAUUUCUGUAUUACUUUUUUAUCUUUACGACAUUUAACAUUAGUAAUCAACGACACGCAUAUAUUUUAUGUGAAAAAUUAACGGUAAAAAAUAAAAUGCUAGUCUUAUACAUUUUUAUACCAACAUCUUGUAAAUCAAUUUGUAAUUUAUGAACGCUCUGGCCUCAUAUAUAAACAUUACGCUAAUAAAAAAUUUCGAACGUUAAAAAUGUCCUUGUCUAAAGAGGUAUUUACACUAGUAAGUUAUACAUGUACUAUGAACCUUUAUGGCUGUUAAAUUUUGUAUGAAGAAAUAACGGUAAAUACAAAAUAAUUAUUUAAUAAGAAAUGAAAAACAGAGAUGUCCUAUUAUCAUAUUGCCAAUUCUUAAACAAAAGGAGCGUCACGAUUCGCGUGGCGGAAGGCAGAGAUGGGUGGGGAACGCGGCACCCUACGUCUAGUCCGUCACUCAUUAUAUGCACAGAAAAUGAAAUAAGCUCGUAACAUGUGUGCAAAAUGUUGGUCCAUAUUGUUUAUAUCUGCAUAAGUUGCUCACGAAAAUUAAACUUCAUACUAAUACUAGUAGUGUAAAGCCUUUUUAGGAAAAGAAAUCGUGUCGUUGACUAUGUAAUAAUACUAUAUAUAAAAUAAACAGAACACGAUUUUGUUAGUUUCCAUUUUGAAAUAAGCUGUGACUAUAUUUUGCAUUUCACGUUUGUAUAAGAAUAGCUUGCUCACUGCAAUAAUAUAUGUAAUAAUAUAUCAAUAGUGUAGCAUCAAAAAAUGGCGGUCGUGUUGCAAAACGUCACUUCGUAAAAUGUAAUUCUGAAAAAUUUGAUCAAAAUAUCACGAUGUUAGUUUUUCUAUGCGUCGUUAACGUUUAAAUCAGUUUGUGUGAGAAAAAAAUUAAUGAAAUUAGCUGAAAUGAAUUUUUUGCGAUAGCGAUUUAGCGAUUAGCGCAAAUGAUUAAGCCAACAAACAGUCGUAUAUCUGAAAAAGUUGCUAAAAAUUUAACAUCAUAGUAGUUAAUACUAGUAGCCUUUUUAGGAACACAUUUUGCGUAAGUGACGUUUUGUAUCACCGUAAUAAUAGCAAGGUCAGUAAAAUAAAUACUUUCUAAGCAUCUAACGAAUUUGACCAUAUACUUAGCAUAAGCAUUUUAUAUAUUUUUAUUUAGCGUCUCUUUUGGCACUGUCUCAAUGUGUGUGUGUUUGUGAUACCAGUUAUUGUUGUUAUAAAAUGCUUGUGUUAUUUGCUUGUAGUCUUAGCUUGGGCAUAUACAACUAAAACACGAGUUGCAUCGAGCUAACAUAGCCAAAUGAGAUGGAAUAUUUAUUUUACUGGCUAAAUGAUAAGAAGAUAACCGAAUUAUUUAAUCAUAAACAUUCAUGGAAUUUACUUAUACACUAUAUACUAUAUGGCAACACUGAAAAUAUGCUAUUCCAAAUUUAUGUAUGUUUUUUUCUUUCUUUUGUUUUGUCCGGUAUUGUCAUUUAUUUAUGAAAUUUGUGUUGUCUAAAAAUAUUUAUUACUUCUUGUAUGACUGUAUUUUCAGUGAUACCAUAUGAUGUAAUAAUAAUCCUUUUCGCUGUAAACCAUAGGAAAUAGUUUGUAUAUUAUCUGAUUAAUAUUAUUGAUUUUAGAUGUAAUACAUUAAGAUGGAAUUAAAAUUAUUAUAUUAAAGUUUUUGGUAAAAUUGGGCU